GCGAUAAAAUCGAAGUGGCGUGCCCAGCUCUGACCCUCUCCGAGAAGCAAGUGAAAGACGGUGACGCAUCAAAAGGCGGGAGGAGGCCACUAGAGAGAGGGGGCGACAAGAAUCAGGGCCCAAGUUUUUCGCACAAGCCAACACCCCGAAGAAAGAGGAAUCUUUGAUAUACAAUUCCGGCUGCUGAAGUAGAACCGAGACGAGGCGAGGCAAGGCAAGAACGAGCAAGGCCGAGGCGGGUUCUUGCUUGCCUCCAACGAGCGGCCCGAGCUGGCCUUCUCCGGCCAGGAUGGGCGGCGGAGUGCGGCCAACGACGUCGUGGCGACCGGUGGUCGCGGCGGCGUUGGCUGUGUGCGCGCUCCCGGUGGUACUGACGCUGGCCGCCCUCUGCCUGCCGCUCCUCUGCUGCGCCGUGGCCGCCGUGCGGUUCCGGCGGGUGAGGAGGAGAAGGAUGCGCGGGUGCUGCGGUGCUACCGGAGGAUGGCGGGCGGAGACGAUCGACGCCGGCGAUCGGCUGCGACUGCUGCACAAGUACCUCGAGGACCAGAUGGAGCUCGUCGCGGCCGACGACGCAGGGGAGCUCCUUGAUCCCGCAAAACCGUGGAGGGAAAAGAAAUGAUUUUUUGCGUUUUUUGGGGGCAAUUUGUAGCAUACAAAUGUGAUAGGAGUUGCGACAUGGCUGGCAGAGAAAUUGCUUGCGCCUGGUGAAGCAUCAAAAGUUAGCUAGACCCAGCAAGAACAGGGGAAGAAGCACAUGAGUUUGAAACUUCCUCUGUUAAUGACUUAACCUCAGCAGUUCUUUCAAUUAAAGUUAUAAUUUGACAAC